AAGAUGUGUUGAAAACAGGCAACAGCAGAGGGAUGUUUUGUUUGAAACGAUGAAACUUUGAAAGGAACUGUGUUGUAGUUCGACGACUGUGUAUGCGAUGGCUUCUAACAAGGAAACAGCAGUCUCCCCACAAACAGCUGCAGAAACCUCAGCAGCAUCGUUUGUUCCUCGGGAAUAUGAAACGGACAGCGGAGUACCGUUAUUGCUGAGAGGUGACAUUUGCGAGGCGGACCUGCCUAAAACUGUAACUGUGCUCAAGACGUCGAAGGGGGCUCGUGUAUUCCUGGUAGGAACUGCCCACUUCAGCCCUGAGAGCUGUGAUGAUGUCACAAAGACAAUGCAGCUGUGUCAGCCGGAUAUACUCAUGCUGGAGAUAUGUGAGUCGCGUAGUUCUCUUCUACAGCUCACUGAUGAGGAGGUGAAUGCUGCAGAGGCAGAUACAGACUCGGCCGGCAGUUGGGACUUGAUGAGACGCUUUAUAGAGCAGAAGGGUGCCGUGCAAGGCUGUUUCCAAUACUUUUUGACGCGAUUGACUCGGAGACUAUCUGCCCGGCUUGGUCGCAUGGCCGGAGGAGAGUUCAGAGCUGGAUACAUAGCGGCAAAGAAAAUUCCCCAUUGUCGUUUUCAUCUUGGAGAUCGUCCAAUACAAGUGACAUUUUCCCGGCUUCUUGGUCAGUUAUCCGCAUUUCAAAAGAUCCGUCUCUUUUUUCACAUCCUUAGAACUGAGAUCAACGUAACGCCAGAGGAUGUAGAGGAGUACAAGAACAAGGACCUCCUCGAGAAGCUGCUGGUUGAGCUCGGCGAGCAGUUUCCGACGGUGGUGGAAGUUCUUGUGAACGAGAGAGAUCGCUACAUGGCGUUUCAAUUGCAGUGCCUGUGUCGUCAACAGCCGCAACGGGAAUAUGGCAAUAACGUUGUCAAGUUUGAUGGUGAAGCACCUGUCAUUGUGGCGGUAGUCGGUAUUGGACAUGCCAAAGGAAUCUCCCAGUACUUCUACGAGCCAAUCACCAAUAUUCGAGAGCUAGCAAGCGUUCCCCGGCCUGUCCCUGCAUCAAGGUUAUGGGUAUAUACGAAAAGAACAGCGUUCUACGGCCUCGUUUUCUACGGUGCCUAUCGAGUUGGCCGUAGAUUCAUGCCGGCUGUUGCAAUCGGCUGGGCAUCUUCACUCUACGGGAAUAUCACAAGGCUCAUGGUUAGAUGACGUGAAUAGAUAGCUGUCUGAUGUAUGAAACUAUUAGUCUCAUAGGCACCUCCGACCUGUCAUUAGGUCGGCGUUUUGAAAUCUCUUAUAAUACAAUGCUCUUGAAGUAGUCCCGGUGUAUGUGUGUGUGGUCUGUGGGUACAGUUCAUGCGCUGACAUGUGUAAUAGCUCACUGCCAUUCAUUUUAUCAGCAGUUGCUGUUGGUGCUGGGAAGCGCUCAGGUGUACAAAGCCCAUGAAAUUAUGUAUGUCUUCUAAACUAUUCUGCUGACUGCCUACUUACUGUAGCCUUUAGUUUUGCCCCAUGUCAGUUUUUUACUCCGUGAUAACACAUUUUUUGUUAGAGACUUUGGUAAUCAUUGGCUUUCAAUAGUUUUUUGAAAUCAAUUUUUAGGAAUGCUACUCAAUCCGCUUUUCCAGUGAUGAUCCAAAUGAUUGGUCCCCAGUUCACACCUGAAGCACCGAUGUGUAUUUAUAUUUAUAUUAAGGAGAAUGGAAUGCUCUGUGUUGGUACGUACUUGCCUUCACUCUGUUGAAAUACCAGUGAGCAAAUCUGCUCUUCUCAUUC